AUGCAUAUCUCGAGCAUCAUGAAGCUCUCCUUCCUCACUUUUGCUACCCUAAGCUUUGCUGCACCAACUCCGGUUACUACUCCAAUGGGCGCAGCGGUUGAGUACGCUCGUGCUGCUCAAGACGUUCCAAUCAAUCUUGUUGAGCUUAGUAACAAGCGUGAUGGCCCUAUCGAUCUUAUUCAACUUCCUGAGAAGCGCGAUGGUCCAAUUGAUUUGAUUCAACUUCCAAAGCGCGACAGCCCAGCUAAUCUUGCUCAACUCACCGAAAAGCGUCAAGAUGCACCAAUCAAUCCUGUCGAACUGAGAAACUGCGAAACCACAAAGUAUAGAUCUAUCCGCUCUCGCAACGCCCAAGAUGCUCGCAUCAAUCUUAUCCAAUUUCCUGAGAAGCGACAAGAUUCCCCCAUCAACCUUGUAGAACUCAACAAUCGCGCUGAAGCUGAGCUCCUAGCAGCACGACAAAAUGACUGCGGUUCUUCACCUUACCAAAACCAAGAAUGCAACGCUGGUACAGGCUUGAGUAUUCCAGCAUUUGCCGUAAUCGCUAUGGCCUUAUGCGCCAUUAUGCUUGUUUGA